GGAAAAAAAGCAACAAAUAGUAAAAAAAACUUGCUUACAUUGGUGUAAAAAAAAUGUCCUAAAGUACCAGUAGUUUUUGUUUUUAUUCCUUCAUCACCCAGGUAUUUGUAAAUCCAUACAACUCACAUAGACAUGCAUUUUACUCUUUUGUGAAAAUAUGUAAUUUUGUUUCCUAGAUGGUGAACAAUAAACAAUGAGAUGCAGAGCUACUGUCAGCACAUUGGGGGGUUGACCUGUAAAUGCGUCAGACCCUUAGCGUUAUCUGCACAAUCUGGAGAUCAGGAAAUAACAGACUUAAUUGUUUUUGCAAAGCUUCUCGCAUGCUUCCUUUUAGAAAAAACAAAAAACCUGCCAGGGGACAAAAUCAGUGUCACUGAGCUUGCAUUCACAUUCAAGUUCUUUAAUUGUUGUAAAUACAAAUGUUCAAAAGUAGAAAUAAGGGUGUCAGGUUCUGUUUUCUUGUGAUAAGUGCAGCAAGAAAUGAGGAAAAAUAGAAAAGGAGAACAGGAAGGAAGGAAGGAAGGAAGAAAGGAAGGAAGGCAAGAGGAAGGGGUGGGUGGGAGCAGUUUAAAAAAUGCAGCCUGCGUCGCUAUGGCAACAAGGAAAACAACACGUGUACCCCCACCCCCCUUCAGCCCCGCCCUCCUCCACAACGCCAGCUGCUGCUCUCCAUUCAGACAACAUUGUGUCACUUUGCAAUUUUUAACUCAUUUAUCUGUUGUUUGCUUUUAAAAAAACAAACUUUUCUGUGAAUGAUUUUCCAUUUUAAAGGCGAAAAUUAAUCUUGGAGAAACUUUUGGAGAAUUUUGAUGUCCUUCAGGAGUUGCUUCACUUUUAAGAGUUGUUGUUACCCCUCUAUAAAAACUUGCAUAUGCCACAAAUUACACUUUUUCAAAUACUUCAAGUUCUUUGCUCUAAAGUAGGAGAGCCUUUGUUUGUUUUACAAAUGUUAACAAAUGUCGUUAAAUGUUGUGUACUCAGCAGCUCAGAGUAAACAAAGAGAAAUGCAUGAAGGAUUCAUGUGUUUAUUUUAGUCUGCAGCAGUGCUCAAAGUGUUUUUCUGCCAGGAGUGAUUGCACAGAGUCAUCAUCAUCACAACAGCAAUAUUUAUCAGGCCGAUAGUGCUGUGCAGACAACGCAUGUUCAUCUUAUCAGGACUGAGGCAGGGAGUCCUUAGUGAGCCGGGCUGUUGCUCCUGGUCACCAGCAGAUGGCGUGCAGGGCUGCAUUUCACUCGUGCCAGGGACUGCAUGUUUUUUAAGCAGAAAGUGAGGUCUUUUCACAAUUGAUUUUCCCUGGUAAUAAAAUACACUUAAAGCUCCUUUGACUUUGUGCCAUUUUCUAAUCAGUAGGAAGUAAAAUGACAUGCUCCUUAACUGAGGAGCUGCAUUGUGCUAGUGAGCAAGCAUCAUCUACCAAAACUUUUACAACUCUUCCCUGAUGCACACACAUCUCCAGCAGAGUGCAGACUAUGUAAAAGCAUCACUGGUAGUCAUGCAGCUGUGUACAUUGCCUCCACUUGUCAGAUGGUGGCAGUGGAGAGCUUGAGGCUCCCUCUCAGGGAACAAAGCAGUAAACAACUUUGUUUUUCUCAGACCAUACUUGAUUUUAGUCUGCAGGCUCUUGAAAUGAUAACGAUAUGAAGCUGUGUUUGAUUAGUUUACUCAUUGUAAAGGAGGAAGAAUUGACUCCGAUUGGAUCUGGCUUUGUUUGCAAAUGAUUUAAGUACUAUGAUUCAUUCAGGUGACAGCUUUCUUUAUGCAGAGAUUUGUAGUUUUCCUUUGAUUUAAGUAUAGUAGCUGUUUUUCAGACAACUACAGCAAGAGCAUGAGCUGCAUUCAUUUGUGCAUAGCUGUGCAUUUUCCAUGUGCUUAGUGGCCAGGCAAUGUAACAGUAUGUUCAAAGCGACAUGGAAGAAGCGGAGUAAACAGCUUUGGUCCAGAGUGAAACUAUUUUCCUCUGAGCUGUUCUGGGAGGAUCUUUGCCAGACUGAGGCAUGCUCAGUAAGCCUGUUUUCUUCUAAGAACCUGUAACCAUCAAUCAUCACUAGGGCCUGUUUUCCUCUCUGCUGCCUCCACACCCAGUCUCCAUGUUUAUUAUGUUGCCUUCAGGUUCGGUCUGGAAAUAUGGCAGUUACGAAAAUAGUCAAACACAAUUUACCUAAGUUGUAAAUAGGACUGAGGAAGUGGGAAUUUUGUAUGACAUCCAAGUUGUCUGGAUGUGACUCGUGUGGAUUUGGUUUCAUGAAGGUUGUGACAGUAAAUGGGCUACAGGGUGCUUUUAGUUUCAUUUUCUCAUUGAUUGUCAAUUAUUGUAAACGCUAUCAUCACUGAUUAUAUUGGUCUCAGUCUUUGCCCAGACAAGUUUGGUUGUUGGAGCUGUCGUCUCCUCUUAUAACAAGAGAACAAGAUGUGCAGAAAAACAGGCGAUAGCUUGGUGGUUGAUAAAGAAACGAAUAAAAACAUAAUGCCAGUUUGGUGAAAAAUGUUCUGUGUAUGUGAUGAUGUGUAAAACAAAAUAACUCUUUAAAAGGCUUUGGUUUUAAACUGUGAGAUGUGAGUCUUCUGAUUGCCAGCUGCUGAAAGUGAUUUCACUGUUGAAAUCAAAAGAGUUUCAUUAGAUGUGAUGUGUGUCAUGUGUUUCUAAAAGUGUGUUUAGUAUUGGAGACAGCUGCUGUCGUGUUUUAUUUUAAAGCUUCAGACUCCAAACCACCCUUCUACUCAUCGUUUUAAACUUCCCUGAUAAGUUUUAUUGUUAAUUUGGACCGAAUAAAGUAGUUUACGUGCAGCUACGGGUGGUUUUUACAGCUGUAGUUCUAGGAAGUCCGUGCGUAGGAGGAGCCUCUGAAGGCAGCAUCGCCCAGCCUUCAACCUCUCCUGAGGGCUUACAUAAUAAAUUCAGAGUCCGCCCACCGUGCACCCUGCAAAUAGGGCUGCCGUCCGACACUGAUCAACAGUUUGAGCUUUAAACUAGCGGAAGAAAGAAACCCACAGCCUGGAGAUCCACUUCAGCACACUUUAUCACACUGCGGAACAAGACUUAAGGAAAUACUAACUUUUAUGCGUUUUGAGAGGACUUGCACAACCUGCAAAAAAAGAAGAAAAGAAAAUGAUUUUCGACAAGUUAAAUAAGUUUGACAUCGUCUUCGACUCUCCGGAGGUGGACUGUCCUCCUGUGUUCAGCAGCGGGGACGUGGUGUCCGGUCGGGUGGUGCUGGAGCUGUCCGGGGAGAGCCGGGUGGACUCACUGAAGCUACACGCAGAGGGCUUCGCCAAAGUACACUGGACCGAGUCCCGGUCCGCCGGCUCCAGCACCGCAUACACCCAAAACUACAGCGACGAGGUGGAGUACCUGAACCGAAGAGAGGUGCUGCUGCAGGCAGAUAAUGGUGAAGUGACCGUCCUUCCUGCUGGCAGACAUGAAUUUCCAUUCAGCUUCCAGUUGCCAGAGGAGACGCUGGUCACCUCCUUUGAGGGCAAACAUGGCAGCAUCCGCUACUGGGUCAAAGUUAAGCUACACAGGCCUUGGUACACUGUCAAGAAGAUCAAGAAGGAGUUUACAGUCAUCGAGCCCAUUGACAUCAACACACCAGCCUUCCUGGCGCCACAGGCUGGAACAAAGGACAAGAUGGCAAGGGCAUGGUACCGCAACUUUGGACAGGUGUCUGUAACUGCAAAGAUCGAUCGCAAAGGCUACACACCAGGUGAGGUGAUACCUGUCUUUGCAGAGUUUGACAAUGCUACCUCUCGAUCAAUCGUGCCAAAAGCUUACAUCACUCAGACCCAGACGUUCAUUGCCCGUGGUACCAUGAAGCAGAAGCACUCAGUGGUGGCCACAUUGUGCGGUGACAUCGUGGGCACCAGAUGCAGAGAGACCUGGCAUGGUCGCGCCAUAAAGAUCCCGCCUGUAGGUCCUUCAAUCCUGCAGUGCCGCAUCAUCAAAGUGGAGUACAUGCUCAAGGUUUGUGUUGAUGUUCCUGGGACAUCCAAGCUGUGUCUGGAGCUGCCGCUUGUCAUAGGCACCAUCCCCCUCCAUCCAUUCGGCAGCCGGACCUCCAGUGUCAGCAGCCAGUACAGCGUCAACCUGGAGUGGUUGCGCAUGGCCAUCCCUGAGCAGCCUGAGCCUCCUCCAGAUUACAGCUCUGUGGUGACUGAGGAGCAGGCUGAGCAGUGCAACAACGCAGUGGUCCUGCAACCGGCCGAAGACUUGAGUGGGAUCCUGGAGCGCCCCCUCCAGGCUUUUGUCCAGGAAUUUCGCUUCCGACCUCCGCCAGUGUACAGCGAGAUUGACCCCAACCCUCAGCCCUUGAGCAUGAGACCUCGCUGCAUGACGUGUUGAACCAUGAGCCCUGCCUGAGCGUCAAGCGACUUAAAUUGAUGAAACAAAUCAAGAGAUUUGUCUUCUCCUGGAUUACUUCUCUCUGGUAAAUGGCAACUGGUCCCACCCAGUGUUGUGGAGAGGGACCGGAGCACCACGGAGAAGUCAGGAGAGGAGAUGGAGCUCACAGGAACUGAAUGUCAGUAGAGGAGCCCGCACUUUGUUUCCGCUCCUUAAAGUAAAGUGGACGCUUUCCAGUUCUGCAGAAAGGAAAGCAGCUUCUCUUCAUCAGUUCCUGUCCUCCCCAAGUGGUUUUUGGCUCCUGACGAAGCGAGUUACAAGUACCUCCCAAUCAACGUUACCCUCAUCUGAAGUGAAUUUUGAGAUUUAUGGAGUUUGGGACAUAUUGGGGGGUAAAGAUCACUUGAUAUUUGUGAGGUGGAGAGUUGGAGUUGCACCUAGUGUUUCAGAUGUUUUGAAAGAAGCGCUUUUGAUAAGCUGACACAUGUUUAGGAUCAUAUUGUCAUCUUUGAGUGGCGUAAAUAGAGAUGUGCAAUUAUUGUGUUCAAUUUCCAACUCCCUCUACACAGUAGAUUUUAACAGCCUACAUUGCUAUCAAUGCAUUGUGUGAGUGAACAGCAGUGUGCCUAUGAUUUCUACUGUUACCUAAGCACAUACUGUAUCUGAAGGUAUGACGGUGGAGAAACAAGUUAAAUAAGCAGAUGUAGACAUAUUUUAUGCAUGCAGGUAAACAAUGUAAAAGGGAAAAAUACAUAUGCCUUAAUUAUCUGCCAUUGAAGAUUGCAUGAGAGUUUCAGGGAGUCAUUCUCUCAUUAAGUUGAUCGGUUAGAUUGUAUGUGGAUGAACACCGUUGGUAUUGUGUUAAUGCAAGACUUAAGGCACUUAAGUGUCAGAUAGCUGUGGUUGUUGAUUUUAGCACAGUGGUAAAAUAGGAUGAGCAGUUUGUGUAUAAAGCUGCACGAGGAUCAUAGAUUAGCUCUCCCAGCUGCUAAACAAAAGGAAAAGGAGGAGGAGGAGACCUCUGAGCCAUGUGGUCUGAAGGUAUUGAUGGGAGCCAGAUGCCUCGGUGCUAUGGAGCGCUUUGUGAAGCUCAACCAGAACACACUGCUCAGUCGAGCCUUAAGCUGGAGAUGCCACUGAAAUGUAUGGACAUAGAACAUUCCAAAAACUGACUCGGGGAUUAUGUUUUCUCCUCAACUUCCAAAAAAAAAAAAACUGUCAGGAGUAAUGAAAGAAGUCUUCAGGGUCAGCUGUGUGACUUUGGUGGCACGCACUGAAAAACCGAAUGUAUUUUUAUACAAAUGCAAUUGUUGAUUCACAAUCUCACCAAAGUUUUGUAAUUGUUUUAAUAAAAAA